AUGUUUAAAUGCGAACAGUGUCCGUCGGUUUUCACCGCAAAACGUAAUUUGGUCAGACAUGGCAAAACUCAUGCGGGCAUACGUUUCCCAUGCACUGUAUGCGAUAAAUUGUUCAACGAUAAGUCGCAUCUUAAAAGGCAUAUGAAGAACAUUCAUGGUAUCGUAAACGUUCCGGCUCACUUGAGGCCUAUACCUGCUGCCCCGAUCACCACUCAACCAGCUCCAGCUCAACAGGUCCAGAUUGCGCCGCAAAUAUUUGUACCUGAUGCCCCGGCCGGUGGCUCCAAUAUGUUAACCGAAGACGAAAUAUGUAUGAACGCAAUGGAUGAAUUUGAGGAUACAGGUUAG